CCUGGCCGUCACCAGAUUUAGGGGCCGGGCGUUGUCCCGGCUUUCCUCCGCCGCCAAGCUCGAUCACCCAAGGCUCUAGCCUUGGAUUUCACCAACAUCAUCUCCCACCCUGGUAACGCUGAGCGUGUUAUCAGCUUAAGCGCCGUCACAACCUCGUUCUCGACUCAGUCGUCGUUCCGACAUCUCUCACCGUCGACGGAACCGUCACAAGCGGAAAGAUCGUGCGGUGGUCUCUACACUACGCCACGCAUCGAUUAGGGAGUUUCUGUUCGAGGGCAUGCUCAGUUACUUUUGGCUCGUUCAGAGAGUAAAUAGGGUUACGUAGCCACGUUUAAGUUCGCUGGCGGUCAUGGUUGACGCGGCGGAGGAUAUGCUCCAGUCUAUCAGCGAGGCUUCCACCCAUUGUACCGCCCAAACAACGGCCGGUCACGAUUCCUUCAGCUCAGCACCAGAUGGGUUCUGUUAUUCCGGAGAUUCAAAGAAACCCUUCUCGGAAGGGAACUGCUCGUCUUUGCAGUUGUUGGACGAGAGCAGGUUCGACGUCAAGCUCCAGCUUUGGGCUUUAAGGAUACCCCGGGAGCAUUGCGUAACCGUCAGCCGUCUACUAAGCGGAUACUUGAUUGAUAAAGUGCGUAUUAAACCCAUUGUUGAGGAUCCAACUAGCGAGAAAAACCGAUUAAUCAUUCUAUCUGAAAGUAUUCAAAAUCCUGAUCUAUCUGAAAUUCCAAGUCAUCUGCUGGAUUCACUUAAGGACAUUUGCAACAUUGAAGCAGUGCCACAUGAAUUAACAUUAGGAUAUUCUUAUUGGGGCGUUGAUCAUAUUUUAAGGCAAAUACUACCCUCUGGAGUGGAGGUGCCAUCUUCUUUUGAAACAAUAGGACAUAUUGCACAUCUCAAUUUAACAGAUGACCUACUUCCUUACAAGGACGUCAUCGCAAAGGUUAUUUAUGAUAAGAAUCAACCAAGAAUUCGGACUGUGGCGAAUAAAGUUGGGACCAUAACAAAUCAGUUUCGAGUGCCAACUUUUGAAGUCCUGGCAGGAAUAAGAGAUAUGGUCACUGAGGUUAAACAGUAUGGUGCUACAUUUAGGCUUGAUUAUAGUUUGGUCUAUUGGAACUCAAGACUUGAACACGAACACAUACGAUUGAUUUCACAGUUCAAGAGAGGAGAGAUAAUAUGUGAUAUGUUUGCUGGAAUAGGUCCUUUUUCAAUUCCAGCAGCUCAAAAAGGUUGUCUCGUUUUUGCCAAUGAUUUAAAUCCACAUAGUGCUAGUUAUCUACAGCUAAAUGCUAAGAUCAACAAGGUAGAGGAUUAUGUUUGUGUACAUAACAUGGAUGCAAGAGAUUUCAUGCAGCAUUUGAUGACAUUUCCUGGUUCCGAGGGCACAAUUAAUACUGCAGGGGCUGUUUCAAAUGCUGAUCAUGUUAAUGCGCUACUGACUAGCCAAAAACAAGUUGGUGCCAAAGAAACUCUUGAUGCAUCCAAUGAUCAUCGGAAUUGUUUGGAUCGUGCUCCAAAGGAUGAAUUUUCUACUACUAAAAGACAAUUUGAUAAUACUGGGUUUCUGGAAAAUGGGAAUAUCACAAAGCGAACGAGGGGCCUCCCUUUGACAGAAUCCAGGCCAUGGGCACAUGUGGAUCAUGUGAUCAUGAAUCUUCCAGCUUCUGCUUUGGAAUUUCUAGAAAUCUGGGAUGGUAGGUUGACCUGAGAUCCGCCUGUUAAGUUUGCUAUUUUCAAUGUUUCAUGCAUUUCGAAUUCAAUGCUUCUUUCUUUUUGUUUUUCCCCCUUUGGAAGCAUAAGACAGGCAUCAGUAGAAUAGUGAAGUACCAAUCUCUGGUAUGGUAAGGCUAUGGCUUUAGAUAUGUCCAAUGGGUACGGGUAUGGAAAGUAAAAAAAUCACUGGUCUCUCAGCCCAUUGAUACCCCGUGUCCCCUCACUUGAUCAUCAUGGAUUAAUUAUAUUCUACUUAAGACCAUAAAAUUCAAGGUCUUCUUGCUGAUUGGUGGCUCACACGCCAACUGUGGCCUAGUCCUCAAACGGUGGUAAUUGACAAUACCCAAACAUGGAAUCUAGUGCAUGUCCUAUGUGUUUGCUUCCGUGCAAGUGUGUGUGUGUGUAUAUAUAUAUAUAUAUAAUGAUUUGCUAUGCCGCGAACCAUUAUGUCGCGUGAUUAUGCGGACUAGGGCGCGCCCUAGAUUGAAUCCAGGCACCUGGAUUCAAUACGAAGUUGUUUUUUUUUUAAUUUUUUUGUUUUUUUAUUUUUUUGGUAUAUUACAUGUAUUUAGAGUUUAAGAUUUUAGGAUUUAGGAGUUGGGUUAUUAUGGGUUUGAGCCAAUAAGAUUUUCCCUCUAAGGUUCAAGCUUCUCUCUUGGGUUAUAGCGUUCAAGAUUAAAAAUUUUAGAUGUUCACGGAAUAUAUUAUAUGGAUUUAGGGUUUAAGAUUGUAGGAUUUAGGGGUUGAGUUAUAAUGGAUUUAAGCUUAUAAUGGGUUUAAGCUAAUAAAAUUUCCCUCUAGGGUUCAGGCUUCCCUCUUGGGUUAUAGUGUUCAAGAUUAAAAAUUUUAGAUGUUCACAGGGUAUAGUGUUCAUCUUUAAGGAAUUGUUGAUUUUUAAAAAUAAAAAAAAUUGAAUCGAGGCGCCUGGAUCAAAUCCAGGCGCCUCAACCCUGUUAAAAAAAAACCUGACGAAGGCGACUCCAAUGCAUUGGAGACGCCUUGAGUUGUGGCGCGCACGAAUCCGCAGCAGGCGGGCCGCACCAUAGCAAUUCUAUAUAUAUAUGAAUUCUCCAAGGCAAAGUGUGGUUAGCUGGUUGGAUGAUGACCUGUCCACCUGACACAUCUUUUUCAUUAUGUGCUCAGAUUGCCCCUUCUCUGUGAUUCUUUUGGAAGUGGUGACUGCAUCUGUAAACUAGCUGGGUUAUGUGCUCUUUGCAAUCCUUCUGUAAGAUACCUACUUUCUUUGCUGCGUCCCACAGGCUGAGAUCACUCCUUAUCAAUUACCAUAACGCAUGCCUAUUUUCCUGACAUUCUAUUUUGCUUGUAGUGCCACCUUUAUGACCAUCUCAUGGCCUAUCCUUUGAAUUGAUUGAUAUCCCGCCCAGUCAUAAUUGGAACCCUCUCGAAUUGAUGGAGGUCUAUUGGCUUUGCACUUAAGUACAAAAAUGAAGGGAACUAAUGUUGCAUCCUUUGUGAGGUCCAGACAGUACAAAAGUGCUACCUCAGCACAAGUUCCCAUCAGCAGCUCAACUUUAUCUCUGUUAUUCUCAUAGGAAUUGGUGGAUCAAUGAUGCAAAGAUACAAGGAGCCCAUGAUAGCAUUCAAGUAGUUUAGUUAUUAGGUUGGCACGCCCAUCCGUGAGUUGUUUAUAUUAUGGGUGUAGGAGCACUGGAGAAUCAUAUGCGUGGUUGUUUUGUAUAGAAAAUUAGGACUUAGGAGCUGUGACAAUCUUACUCUUAUUGUCUUUGUAAUUGUUAUAUUUAUAUUAGGGAAGAAAUGAAACAUAACACACUUUUUCUUGACUUUGCAUAAUCUUUUCUUAUACAUAUUUUAUCGAGAGCUUGAGUUCCCUCAUCGUCCAUAGACUAUGGAUCAGCCAUAGAGUUGAUCCAUGACACAUUCUGCAUGUGGUUCUUGUAUAAUGUUUGUUGAAUUUGGGCAACAUAUUCGUUGCAUGCUGGGGCCAGGUAGUUUGCGAGCUAUGGCAAUCCAAGCUAUUUGUUGUGGCUUAAAGUCACAUGUUAUUAGUAGUCCGUGCCCUAUAGCCAAGCUAAUUAUUCAUCUGGGAUUUCACUUUCAGUGGCACAUGGAAAUUGCAUUGUAAGUGUUGCCAGUAUGCAAAAACUUCAAUGCUUCAAGCAUUAAAAUAUGGCAUUGCUUGUUACUUUUUUAAGGGUCUCCUGUUCAUAAGUAAUGGUUUACUAGAGAAACUUGCAAGCCUAUACUAUGCUGUUUACAUGCCCUAUAAUUACACAGAACAGCUAAGGUUCUUAACAAUCAUGAAUGGACCAAUAUUUAAAAAAUUCACUUCCACUGAGGUUAUUUGCCAAUGAUGUUACUUUGGCUUCUUUUUCGUGUUUGCUUUAGGUUAUUUUAACUUGCUUAUAUGUGAAAUAUUACAAAUUUCUUAAGUUAUACAUAAACUUCUAUAAAUUUAUGCACUGUGAAUGGUCUGGUAGAUGUCUUCAAAGAUCUUAUUCAGAGGGAACAAUGGAGAGGGCCUUUACCAUGGAUCCACUGCUACUGCUUCAUGCGAA